UUAUUUUGAAAAAGUUGUGUAGAAAAGUUACUUUAUUUAAAAUUUUGUGUUUAAACGUACUUAGACGUGAUUAUAGACAUUACUGGAUGUUAGAACUGUUGUCUGUGAAUUGAUAUAAAAUCAAAAAGCUGCCAAUAUUAUCUUAUUAAGUGAAAUUGUUAAUGUUUUAAUGAUGAAGAUCUAAUAAAUCAACGGACCGGACCACUCAAACCAAUUAAUAUUAAUUUAAGAGAAAGGAAUUUAAUUCUAGUCGAGCUUUAAGGAACAAAAAUACAAGUUAGAGUUUAAGAGAAGCACAUAAAAGGAUGGUAAACUCAUCUCUCACCUACGAAAUUCUAAUGUAUUUAAACAGCUUUUAUUUUGGGAUGUUUGCAACAUGCGAAAUCGGCAUGGGAACACUUAAAGCUAUAAAUUUGAACUAUGAAGAUGGUAAACUUUUACGUGAAACGUGUGUAUUGCUUGGUCUGUGCCUUUUAGAAUCAAUUCGUAUACAUCUUGGGAAGAAAGGCAGUUUGUCUGAUCACGGCUGGCAAGUCAUAUUGAGUGUUUUUGUCACAAUUCCUUGUGCAGCAGGAGUUAUAUUUUUAUUAUGGAAGCAAUCACAUGUCUUAAAACUCGAAUACAUACUGUGCGCUUUAAUGCUCCUUUUACAACUCACCGAACUUGUAUUUGCAACAUUAUUUUUAUUUAGUCUUUGUAAGCAGCCGACAUAUGAUUAAUAUUUAAAUCAUAAACGCGAUUAGAUGCAAUUUUAUUAUUAUGACAAAUAUCUAUUUUUCGGAACCAAAAUAUACUUUUCUAGUCAUCAAAAGAUGGUUGUUGAAGAAAGAACCAAAGAAGUGGAUCGAAGAUAGAUUAGGAUUGAUUUCAAGUGGCGAGUUUGUGUGACAUGUGUAUCAAGUGCUAUAUAGAUUCAUUUAAAGUUGUAUCCGGGAAUCCAUUAAACGUGGUUUGUUCAUUCAUCUGAAAAUCCUAUUAGAUACGCACGUGACUCAGAAUGAACCGUACAAUUCCAAUCAUAUCUUCCAAACAUUUGUAAGGUUUUGCAGCACAAAACAAAGGAUGUGUAUAGUUCAGUGAUAAAUUUUGAGGUCGCAGACACAGAAAUCAAUAAAUUGUGAACCAAGUAACUCGAGGAAGCCACUUGAGAUGAAUGCUAAUCCGCUUUAAUGAAACUAUACUCAUAUUUAAUGCGUAAAUUUAUAAAAAUAGAAAUAGAAGGAAGGAAAAUUUAAAUGAUUUUUUAAAGAAAAUUCAACUAUGACUACUCAUUUUAAGCAA